ACCGUGGAUCCAAUUGGGUAACUGGUGUGCCAAUCACAAAAUGAUGCCGGAAACGUAGCUCCAACAAACGGAUCGCGUAGUCGUUAAGCGGAUUGGCAGAAAGGUUUGAGAGUCAGCAAAUUGGAAGAUUAGUGGGAGAGCUGCAAUAAACGGAACGCGUUGGGAGUCAGUAGUGUCUGCUGUUACUUUUAGUUGUAUUUAUUGCAAAAUGCCGUCCUUGCGAGAGCGCUUUGAGAAUUUCCUGAACGAAAAGAACUUCAUCACCAACAUAUUGGGGAAGAUUGAAGAGAAGACUGGGGUGCGUAAAUACAAUCUAGCCACAGGUUCAAUAACCGUCCUCGGUCUCUAUCUUAUGUUUGGAUAUGGAGCAUCCCUAUUGUGCAAUUUGAUUGGUUUUGUAUACCCAGCUUACUUUUCGAUCAAAGCUAUUGAAAGUUCAGAUAAAGAGGAUGAUACAAAGUGGUUGACGUACUGGGUAGUUUACGGGUUAUUUAGUCUUGCUGAAUUUUUCUCAGACAUCUUCCUUUAUUGGUUCCCUUUUUAUUAUGCUGGAAAGUGUAUUUUUCUGUUGUGGUGCAUGGCACCAGUCGCAUGGAAUGGUUCUCAAAUGAUCUAUAAUCGAAUUGUCCGCCCUCUAUUCCUCAAACAUCAUGCCAUUGUGGAUAGUGUUGUUAAUAAUCUCGGUGGAAAAGCUCUGGAUGCAGCAGAAAAUAUGACAAGAGAAGCAAUGAAACUGCAUCUUGAAAAAGACAAGAAUAACUGAGGACUAUGAACAGACAGUCUGCAAGGUCAAGAUAUUGAUCAAUGGAAGAGAGUUGCUGAAAUUAUGACCGAAAAGCUACAAUUCUCAAAGUCACGGGUUAAUCAGCAUCUGAAAGAGAAACAUAGGACAUUCAUUUUCCAGGUGUUAUCUUCUGUUGAAAUCUGAAAUGACUUUUUUUUCUCUCAAAUGCUGACCCUCUUUCUGUCUCUGUUAUAUUUUGUUUCUAAUUCGGAUCCAGCCGGUUUUCUGGGUUAUGUAAGUGGUAUGCAGCAAGACCUUUUUGUGCAAACCUCUGAACUGUCCGGAAGAAAUCUUUUUGUAGCAACUGUGCGUUCUGGUCAUUCCCAUUUAGAUUGCACAUGUUUCUGUACUUCCGUUCCAAUCUUUCACGGUUUUCAUAGGGUGGGGAGGACACACACAAUGCAAUGGGGCAGUAAAUAGUAUCAAAGUGUGUACUUUAAGUUCAGACAGAUUGCUAAAUGUAAUUGUGUACAAGUAUGCACUAAAUUGAAUAAAUAUCAAUUUUUUAAGAUUA